AUGUUUAGUACGGCUGAGUUGAAGAAGGUAGGACAAGACUAAAGAAGGUAGAGCAAAAACAAAUAAGGUACAGCACGGUAGGUGAAGGUAGGACAGGAAAAAGUAGAGUAGAGCAGUUAGGGUAAGAUAGGGUAGGGUAGGGUGGGGUAGGGUAGGGUAGGGUAGGGUAGGGUAGGGUAGGGCGGGAUGGGGUGGGGUAGGGUAGAAAAAAGUAUGUUCUUAUAUUAGGUUGUUCAAAUAAUUCUGUGCCUCCUUUUCAAUUUUACUUUUUUGGAAUUAGAAGACAGAGAAUUAUGUGAAAAAUCUAAUAGCUUCAAUUUGUUUUUUACGUUGAUAACAAUGUUAUCUACGUCAAUUUUUGGCUUGUCUUUAUUCCAGCCCCCCCCUCCUCAACUCUUUAAGUUCUUCGGUUUAUUUUUUUUCUUAAACUCUCUUUCUCCCCCUUUUUCUCUCAAACUACCCUACCUUUAUCACUCUCCUAUCCUCUUCUCUUCUUACUCCUCUUACUCAUUUCAUCAUCAUGCUAAACCAAUCUUACGGUAGCGAAAAGCAGUGCAAAAAAGUAAUUGAACGAGGUCUGCGUUUGAUGAGAUUUUCCCAAUUUAAUGCAUUUGGCCAUGUUUUUGAGGGGAUUUUGAUGGAUUUGAAACAUCAUCCGAAUGUACUAUAUAUACUCAAUAUGAUACGAGUUUAUAUCAUUUCGAGAGGUCGUCAAAGUCAAGAUUUAUGAGGGUUGUAAUUGGAAAUGGCAGGGAAGGAAGUUAAUUAAAAAGUAGGGUAUGGAAGGGUAGCACCUAGAGCUAGGACAGAGUAAUGCAAAGAAGAAGAUAGAGCAAGAGCUAGCCAAGUUAAGGCAAGGGCAGGGCAAAGGUAAAGCUAGGAUAGAGCAUGGGCAAGGCAAAACUAAAGCGAAGCUAAGGCUAUUGUACAUAAAGGGUAAGAUAAGGUAAAACAAGGGCAAGCUCAUAAUAAGACAAGAUUAAGAAAAGAGUAGGACAAGGCUAGGGCAAGGCCAGGGCAAGGCCAAAGCAAGACCAGCGCAAGGCCAGGGCAAGGCCAGGGCAAGGCCAGGGCAAGGCCAGGGCAAGGCCAGGGCAAGGCCAGGGCAAGGCCAGGGCAAGGCCAGGGCAAGGCCAGGGCAAGGCCAGGGCAAGGCCAGGGCAAGGCCAGGGCAAGGCCAGGGCAAGGCCAGGGCAAGGCCAGGGCAAGGCCAGGGCAAGGCCAGGGCAAGGCCAGGGCAAGGCCAGGGCAAGGCCAGGGCAAGGCCAGGGCAAGGCCAGGGCAAGGCCAGGGCAAGGCCAGGGCAAGGCCAGGGCAAGGCCAGGGCAAGGCUAGGGCAAGGCCAGGGCAAGGCCAGGGCAAGGCCAGGGCAAGGCCAGGGCAAGGCCAGGGCAAGGCCAGGGCAAGGCCAGGGCAAGGCCAGGGCAAGGCCAGGGCAAGGCCAGGGCAAGGCCAGGGCUAAGCUAAGGCAAGAAUAG